CUUCUUCAUUAUUGGCAGUCGGCAAUUGAUUCAUUGAAUCCUACUGGCGCUUGCCUCAUACAUUAUAUUGCAAAUGGAGCGCCCUACUACAGGCUCUGUUUGUAGUGCCGAGAUUGACAGCUGCCAGGAUUCCGUAUCUUUACCUAACACUACAGCAUGCAGUAAGAAAAAGCUGUGUACAAAGCAUUUUUCAGAUCAGGAAUUCGCUUUACGCUUCAGGAUUGAUGACAAGAUUGGGAGCGGUGGCUUUGGUUGUAUCUACAAGGCCUAUGACUUUCAGGAGCGUAGAGAUGUUGCCAUAAAGAUUGAAAACCGGAAUGGUAAGAGUUAUCUGGACAGGGAAGUGGGAUUUUAUCGUGCCAUACAGGAUUACAAUCGCGGAAUUUUGAAAACCAGUCCCAGAUGUUACUUGUUUAGUACAAAAGGAGGUUCAAAUUUUGCCGUUUUUGAUUUAAUGGGCCCAUCUUUGGCCGACUUAUUCCAUACUUGUCGGCGGAAAUUUUCUCUGAAGUGUGUGCUUAUGCUCGCUGAGCAGCUUUUGACGAUUUUGGAGAACAUUCACAAGCUUGGAUUUGUGCAUGGAGACGUCAAGCCCGGAAAUUUUGUAAUGGGAACUGGUACUAAUACGAACAGCGUAUACGUGAUUGAUUUUGGUCUUUCUAAUUUUUGGCGCAACAAGCGAGGUGAGCAUAUUCCUCUCAACUUUGGUAGGAAUUUCAGAGGCACUUAUCGGUAUGCGUCUACGAAUUCCCAUCUCAACAUCGAAACUUCGCGUCGUGACGAUUUAGAAGCGUUGGCAUAUGUGCUUAUCUACUUUUUGAAAGGUUCCUUGCCUUGGCAGAACUUAAAACUGAGUACCGACAAACGCAGAAUUCUAAUUGGCACCUUUAAGUCUAAAAUAAGCAUCGAGAAACUUACGAGUGGCAUUCCAAGUGAAUUCAGCUUUUUUUUGUCUUAUGUCAAGAAACUGGGAUUCUCGGAAGAACCGGACUAUAUCUAUUGUCGCAAUCUAUUUCGAAGAUGUUUGGAAAGACAUGCAUUCACAUUUGACUAUACUUACGACUGGCUCAGCUUGAAAGAUAUUCAUACCUACAACCGACGUCGAAAGCGUUCGGAAGUGGCUGACCAGAAUUUGAAAGUUAGUAAAACCUCGGCUUCUGCCUCGAUCCAGCAGCAAAACAAAGUCAACGAUCAGGUAGUCAAUCGUCUCUGUCAGAGUGGCACUAAUAGGAAUUCACCGAGUCAACAGAACACAUCUCCCUCCUUAAUAUCAUCUGUUUUUCAUAGUUUAAAGAUUCACCGAUGCAGUCAACCAUCUAACGUUGCACCAACUCAUGAUAAGCAACUUCUCUGCAAUAAUGAAAGCGGUCCUAUCAUCUGUCCUAAAAAGGUCGACAAUUCUAAUCCCUCACCACCCACCUUUCACGUAGCCGAAAAGGUUGCCGACUGUUCCCAGGAAAAAGAACGAGCUGAUGCUCUCAUCGCCUUCUCUCUACCUUCUGUUUAUCCAUAUCUAGUCCCUUCCGCUGUCCAAAUUAAUGGUAAUAGCAAUUUGUCACCAGUGUCACGACGGCACCUCUCGACAUCAAGCCACAUGCCCCCUCCACAGUUCCUAUACCAUGUCGUCGAACCAUCGCCUUCUCGGCUCAGUAUGCAAAACCUAUCUAUCCCCUCAGCGAUGGGCUGUAACCUUCCGUCGGCCAUUGUUAAUUUAAACGAGGAGAACCGACCUUCACCAAAUUCGUCCAUUUCGUUCUAUCCAUUCUUCAUCCACCCUACCCUACCAGUAGCCUUCGACACAAAAGCAGGCAUCGGAACCUCCUUAAUUACCUUCGCCAAUAAUACUAACGAUCAAAUGAACUGCAACUUUUAUCAUCUCUCUCCAACUAUCCUCCCCACUUAUGUAGAUGAACCUCUGGAACACGGAAUUGAAAGACAACAGCCUUUGAUAUCUAAACCUUGCAAACACCAUCAGCUGAUCGAGAUCCACGAUCCAAAUCUACAAACAUGAAAUCCAUAGCCCUUCAUCGAUAAGAAUGGCAGUCAAGUGAAGAGAAAAAUCAAGCACUCGACGAAAGAAAACAAGAAGUCAUAAGGUUCUGCCGCACUGCAACGUGAUCGUAUUUUAUUGUCUUCCUUUCUAAUUAAAAUUACGUGGAAUAAUGUGUAUAUAAUUAUAGAUUGGCAUUCUGGUUAUGUAUGCACGCUACCUUAAGCAACCUGCCCAUCUUCUCCAUCAAUUCUUCUCUGUCAAUAGGUCAUACGUCGUAUCGCGGCCUUUCAUUCUCCCGCGAGCUGGCCAACCGCUGGAAACAAAAGGACCAGCAGAAUAUGUCUAUCUAAUAUAUAUGUGUAUAUAUAAUAUAUAUACAUGCAUUCCUUUUGUUUUCGUGUAUUUGCUUAAUUGGCCUCACGAUUUUAAACCCGCCGAGCCUGUGCAGAGUUCACUUUGACACCCUCAUUCUCUCUUCCUAUCAGUCUUCAUUUUAGCUGAGAUUCGCCUAUUUGUGCACCUCCAUUCCGAGCUAGACUCUCAUAUCCCAAGGUGUCCAAAAGAGAAGGAUGGAUAUAGUGCCACGGUGUUCCACAUUUUUGAAAAUCAUCAAGCAUAAAUUAGCACUAAUUUUGUAAAUGUAUGCUCACAUGCAUGUGUACACAAUGCACACUUGUAAUUUGAAGAUAUUCUCUGGCUCAAGGUAGAAAGUUAGUA